AUGGCGGACAUUUACUUGUCGAUGAGCCCACAAACUUCCGAGGCCGCGCAGAAGCUGUCCGAAAUUGCUGCCGAACUGACAGUUUCCACUGCGCACAGCGAAAUUUGGGCGGAGCAGGUUCAAAGUGCCCUAUGUGCCGCGGAGGCUCUGUGCAUAGACCUCUCGCGCGAUGACAUCGAGACAGGCUCGUUCCAGAAAGUUUCGUCGAGGUGCUCGGCCAUAGGCAGUCCACCAGAUGAUGGUCUUCUGGAGCUCGAGCGACUGCAGGUGAUUGAGACGAUCGACACUCUGCUGCGAGGUUUGCGUGAGCUCGAGCGACGAACUGCGGGCUCCCAAUGGCUUGAAGGAGCUGAACUCGAGGAGAACAACGGCUGGGCGAGCAGUGCGCAGGCUGACCUGCUUGCGCUGCACAACAUCUUCCAGCAACCUGGCUGCUGCCUCAGCGGCACAGCCUGCGAUGCUGUGCGAGCAGCAUUGAAGGCAGUCGCACGACGCCUCUCUGAAGCUCUGGCAGCUUCGCCGCGUUUCGUCACUUGCAAGCUGGUCGACAAAAGCAGCGCCUAG